UUUCUUUAUAUAACGUUUGACUUCCUUUGUCACACUGAAAAGUACAACAAAAGUGAAACGUCUCGAAGAUCAAUGAAUCCAGCCAGUCAGAUGCCACACAUGUGUAACCAUCUGAUAACAGUUAUCCUAGCUCUACAAUCCGGGACAUUGGGAGUGACGACCGUGAUCCGCAGUUUGAUCAGUCAGCCUGAUCAGUCUGAGCCGAGCUAGUUGAUCAGUGAUCAAUGUGGCUCCGACACGAACGCGACACUAUUGUACGAAGUGCCGAAUCGAUUAACGUGGACGUCGUAAACGUAGAUACGGUAUUGUUUCGAUAAAGUCAUUAUCAUUUAGUAGGUAGAUAGCAGUCAGCAAGAACUCGUAAACCGUUGAAACUCCAAAUAAAACUACCGCAUCUCCCUGUUCGCACAUCGCGGGCCGCCUCGCUGCGCUGCCGCCGCCGACACAGUUCACGUCAAGUGGAUUCGAACCAGUACACUCGUGAUAAGGGACUAGAAUGGACUUCACAGGCAAGGUGGUACUAGUGACGGGAGCGAGCGCGGGCAUCGGCAAGUCCACGGCGAUACUGUUCGCGAAAUAUGGCGCGAAAUUGUCACUUGUGGGGAGAAACGAAGAGGCUUUGGAACAAGUGUCCCAAAUAUGUGAGGAGCAGAAGGGAGUGAAGCCGCUCACCAUCGCCGCUGAUCUCGGCACAGACGAGGGCGUGGAGAAAACUGCCAAACUCACGCUGGACCAUUUUGGAAAACUGGACGUGCUGGUAAACAACGCGGCCGUGGGCGCGCGGACCACGAUCCAGCUCGCCACCAUGGAGACGUUCGACCGGGUGUUCAACGUGAACAUCCGCGGCGUGUUCAACCUGACGCGCCUGCUCGUGCCCGCGCUCAUCGCAUCCAAGGGGAACAUAGUCAACGUGUCCAGCAUCAUGGCCACCAUGGUCACCACUGGCAACCUGCCCUACAGUCUAUCCAAGGCUGCCCUCGACCACUUCAGUCGGUUGAUCGCAUAUGAACUGGCUCCCAAGGGUGUUCGUGUCAAUGUUGUCAGCCCUGGAAUCACUGUGAGCACAUUUGUACAGCGUCUGACGGGCUACACGGACGAGGAGUACCGCGCUUGGCUGAAGGUCGCGGAGUCCACAAUCCCGAUGGGCACAGCCACCACGGGCGAGGACUGCGCGCACAUGAUCGUGCAGCUGGCGAGUGAUGACGUCAGCAGGGUCGUCACCGGCGCCGUCGUGCCGGUAGAUGGCGCGCUACAGUUCGCAGGCUCCGGAAACAGCGAGAUCCUCAAAGAACAGAUUAAAUGAACAGCAACAUGUUAUGUGCUUAAUUAAAUGUGAUUAAACAGCAGUUAACCAAGAAGUAGGAUUAAAACAAAUAUACGGGAGAAUUUAAAGUUAAAAUAAGAACAUUGAAUUGAAUACAUGAUUAUUAUAACUUACCUUGUCUAUCUGUUGUUUGUCUUUGUUAUUAUUCAUCCCUAUUAAAUACUACCCUAAUAGAAACAGCAAUAAAUAAUGACACUGAACAACGACAUUUUAAUAUUGUCUAUGUAAAUAUUAAAGUAAAUAGCAGAUUUGAAGUCAAUUUAAAAACAACGUUCAACCUUAAACAGGAUCCGUGAUCAAUUUCGUAACUUCUUCGUACAGAAUCUACACACACGUCUCUGAUCGCCGUGUCUACGCCCCGCACCCAGCAAAUGAAAUAAUGUUAAAUGAAAUGUGACUGUGAAAUUAAUGUAGCAAAACUUGCUACAGCAAAAUAACCAAGUGCAACAAAACACAAGACGAAACCGGGAAGCACAGCUAUCGAGUAUAUUCGUAACACGAAUAGGGGUGAUCUUGUCUCGCCAAAGGCCACGCGUAUUUCAAUGAUAACAAUAUUAGCAUAAUAUUCUAAUCAUCGACUGUAUGCGCUGUUAGAAUAAUCUUGCAUUUUAAUUUUUUUAAGACUUAUCAACAAAUAUUUAUCCAUAUGUAGCUUGACUUAAGUAGGUAGUUUCUAACACAAAUAUAAUUAUGUAUGUAUAAUUUUACGUAGACAGUAGGAAAUAAUGUAAAAAAUUACUUAUACUGUCUAGUUAACCAUCCUUCUGGCGCAGAACAGUAGGGUUUUAUUAUGUAACUAGCUGUUACCCGCGACUUCGUCCCCGUGGGUAGAAGAUAUAAGUUAUGAUUUAUACCUGUGCCCUAUUUUUUUCACUGCAGAACUGAUUUCGAUAAAACUAAAACUUCUAAGCAGACAACAUCGCAGGCAGACGCCAGAACAAUUAAAACGAAGUGAGAUAUUCAGAAUGUGUCAUGAUUAGUCAUUAUGCUUUUACAAUUUUGAAGAAGAAAAUAUAUCUGUUGGCAAUUAACUAUUAGUCGCAAAAGCAGCCACCGCAGAAGCAGAACCACAUAAUAAUUUUAUUUGCUUGCUACUUGUUUAAUUUAUCAGAUACAGUUAAACACAGCUCUAUCAUAGAAUGUUAAAACUGACAUGAAAUUUUGGUUCUAUUCAAUGAUAGUUACAUUUAUACAAACUCGAAUUGUCAGAAAAUCGAUAGGUCACUGUAUACACACAA